AUGACGAGCAUAAAGCGUAUGCUGGUAGACCCUUCCAGCAAUGAUAGCAUCACCUCCAAGGUCUACAUCCGCUCUGCUAAGAGUGGCAAAGUGACAAAGAUUGUCCGUGAGAUAUACCUGCGGACUGACAUUCCCUGCUCGUCGCGGUUAUGUCGGGCUUGUCUGGCGAAUGCGCCAGUAGAUUCCAACAAUAGAUCUCGCCCAUUCGUCCUGUCUGAGAAACCGGCAGGUACAACCCAGUACAAGCAUGGCCACUAUCUAAUGCCAGACACGAACAUCUUCCUCCAAUGUAUGGACGCGAUUGAGCAUAAGAGUGCCUUCUACGACGUUAUCGUGUUACAAACUGUCCUCGAUGAGGUCAAGAACCAAAGCUUGCCGCUUUAUAACCGACUCGUGUCGCUUACAAAGGCGGAUGAGAAACGAUUCUAUGUCUUCCACAACGAAUUCCGUCAGGAAACCCACGUUAAGCGUGGACAGGAGGAGUCGAUUAAUGAUCGUAAUGAUAGAGCGAUCAGGGUUGCGUGCAAGUGGUACCAGAAACAUAUCGAACAAGCGGCUGCAAGCUCCAGUGCGACAGCGCCUGCUAUCGUUAUGCUCACAAACGACAAGGCAAAUCUUGCAAAAGCAAAGAGCGAAGGACUUAAUUCUACUGAUCUUAAUGGCUAUGUCAAGGGUCUAAAGAAUGCGGACGAGUUGCUCGACAUGAUAAGCUCCUCGCUUCAAGAUCUUGAGAAGAAGGCUAACAGAGGCGCUAAUGUCUAUGCCGAGUACUUCUCUCUUCCAAAAAUGAACACUGGUGUGAGAAAUGGUACACUGCACCAGGGUACCUUCCACACAUCUACCUACAACAGUCUCGAGGGUACUGUCGGUGUACCAUCAUUUGAUAAACAUCUGUUGAUAGUCGGAUUGGAGAACAUGAACCGUGCCAUAGACGGUGACCAAGUUGUCGUUGAAUUGCUGCCACAAGACCAGUGGAAAAAGCAAUCCGACAAACUUGUAGACCAGGACACCUUAACGAAGAACGAGAAUGCGGACGUAGAUGAAGUCGAGGCGAUUGUUACGGAGAGGGAACGACGUGCUCUGAUUGAUGAAGCUAAGCGUAUUCAACGAUCCCAGGAUGAAAGCCAGAAGGUCCAACCAACAGCAAAGAUUGUUGGGGUCUUGAAGCGUAACUGGAGAUCAUAUGUCGGACACAUCGAUCCUAACUCCGUCAACAGAGCGAAGUCGGGCGGGCAGCAAGUUGUUUUCUUUCGGCCGCUAGAUAAGAAGAUACCCAGGAUCCGUGUUUUCACGCGUCAGGCUACCCAACUACUAGGACAGCGGAUUGUAGUAAACAUCGAUACUUGGGAUCGAACGUCCAGGUUCCCCGUGGGUCAUUUCGUCCGGGCCCUUGGGGAACUCGAAUCGAAGGAGGCAGAGACUGAAGCUUUGCUAUUGGAAUAUGAUGUCCAGUACCGACCGUUCCCGAAAGCUGUUCUUGAUUGUCUGCCGUCGGAGGGCCAUGAUUGGAUUGUCCCUGAGAAGGGAACCUCCGGCUGGGAGAAAAGAGUCGAUUUACGAGAUCUGUUGGUUUGCAGUAUCGAUCCUCCCGGGUGUCAGGAUAUUGACGAUGCUCUUCAUGCCCGGUUGUUGCCAAACGGGAACUACGAAGCUGGUGUGCAUAUUGCAGACGUAUCGCAUUUCGUGAAGCCGAAUAAUGCUAUGGAUGACGAGGCGGCAUCGCGGGGAACUACGGUAUAUUUAGUCGAUAAGCGUAUUGAUAUGUUACCUCCCCUUCUCGGAACCGACCUCUGUUCGCUGAAGCCUUAUGUGGAAAGAUACGCGUUCUCUGUGAUUUGGGAGAUGACCCCGGACGCAAAGAUCGUGAACACGAAAUUCACCAAGUCGGUGAUCAAGUCUAGAGAGGCUUUUGCGUAUAAGGCUGCGCAGAUGCGGAUAGAUGACAAGUCACAAACAGACCCUUUGACGGAGGGUAUGCGCAUAUUACUGAUGCUCUCGAAGAAAUUAAAGCAAGCAAGAAUGGACGCUGGCGCUCUCAACCUAGCAAGUCCUGAAGUCAAGAUUCACAUGGAGUCGGAAACAUCGGAUCCCGCUAGCAUCGAAGUGAAAGAACUACUAGAAACUAACUCGUUGGUCGAAGAGUUCAUGUUGUGCGCGAACAUCAGUGUCGCGAGAAAAAUCUACGAAGCCUUCCCACAGACGGCAAUGCUCCGGAGACACGGUGCACCCCCAGCUACAAACUUUGAUGACCUUCGGAGCCAGCUUCGAGCCAGGAAGGGUCUUGAUUUGCGGGUUGAAUCAUCGAAGGCGCUCGCCGAUUCACUCGACGGGUGCGUUGAUCCACAGGAAGCCUACUUUAACACGCUGGUCCGAAUUAUCGCUACCCGAUGUAUGCUCCCUGCUGAGUACUUCAGUUCGGGGACCCAAGCCUACCCCGAAUUCCGACAUUAUGGUCUCGCUACUGACAUAUACACCCACUUUACCUCACCAAUCCGACGGUACGCUGACUUGGCAGCCCAUCGGCAGCUGGCAGCCGCAAUCGAGUACGAGGCCUUGGAUGAAACUCUGUACAACAAGAACAAGAUGGAUGCGGUGGUGAAGAACAUUAAUAUCAGACAUCGGAACGCCCAGUUUGCUGGGAGAGCAUCGAUCGAGUACUACGUUGGGCAAGCGCUUAAGAACAAGAGCACAGAACAAGAAGGAUUUGUGGCGAAAAUAUUUUCGAACGGGUUCGUUGUUUUUGUUCCGAAGUUCGGGAUUGAGGGGACGAUCAAGGUUGAAACGGCAAAGACGUACGAUGCGGAUGAGUAUAUUCUCGAAUUGGAGGACGGAAGGAAAGUGGUCCUGUUUGAUAAAGUUAAGGUUAUGGUCAACGUGGUUAAGGAGCAAGCCACCGGGAGGAGGAAGACCGAGUUGACACUAGCUUGA